GAGCAUGCGCGUGGGGGCGCGGGGGGCGGCUCCCGGCCUGCCUCCCACCUCCUCCCUCAGCCCCCCAUCCCGGGCUUCCCAGCGUCGUGCCGGGGCCGGCCGAGCCGCGGCGAUCCCGCCGUCGCCCCUGCCUGUCGCCGCUGGGCUCGGGAUUGUGGGGUUUUGCCUUGUAUCAAUAAAAUCUGUUCCCAAGAAUACCGUUCCUUUACCUUUACAUUGUGGACAGUCAGAGCAUAAAAACACGGCUAAGGAGUGCAGACGGGGUGAUGAAGCAGCCCAGCAAGAAGAGGAAGCUGAGCAUGGGUUCUCAGGAGCAGCUGGACCAGGAUCGAAGCUUGGAGCACGCUGAAGAAGAGAAGCACACAGAGGGCAGAAACCUUAUGAGUCUUGGCCUCUCAGUGGUUGCAGAGGAGGCAUGGUCCUGGGAGCAGUACCUUCAGGAACAGAAGGCAAUAGCUGCACCUAUUGAGCUCUUUUCCAGGGAUCAGUCCUUUCCAGAAUAUGAAAAUGGUUUUCAGAUUGGAAUGAGACUGGAAGGUGUUGAUCCCCGACAUCCAUCUGUGUUCUGUGUGCUUUCUGUCGCUGAGGUGUGUGGUUACCGUCUAAGACUUCAUUUUGAUGGUUAUUUAAGCUGCUAUGAUUUUUGGACUAAUGCUGGUUCUCCUGACAUCCAUCCAGUGGGGUGGUGUGAAAAAACUAAACAUGAACUGCACAUUCCCAAGGGUUAUAGAAAAGAUAAAUUUGUUUGGAUGGAUUACUUGAAAGCCUGCAAACUGCAAAAUGCACCCAAGAAAUUAUUCAGAAACAGAAGUUCAAAUCGACCAACGCCUAAAGAGUUUCGGGUUGGGAUGAAGCUGGAGGCCGUUGACAGGAAGAACCCAUCGCUGGUGUGUGUGGCAACCAUCGCCGACAUUGUUGAAGACCGCUUGCUAGUGCAUUUUGACAGUUGGGAUGAUAGUUACGAUUACUGGUGCGAUGUGAAUAGUCCUUAUGUUCAGCCAGUUGGUUGGUGUCAGAAGAAUGGGAGAACUUUGGUAGCACCCCAAGGUUAUCCUAACCCAGAAAAAUUUUCCUGGACAGAGUAUCUAGAAGCUACUCAGACUCAUGCAGUUCCUGCCAAAGUUUUUAAAAUGAGGUCACCUCAUGGUUUUCUGCCAAAUAUGAGACUUGAAGUAGUGGAUAAACGAAACCCUAGAUUGAUUCGUGUUGCUUCAAUUAUAGAUGUUGAUGACCAAAGAAUAAAGGUUCAUUUUGAUGGCUGGGACCAUAAAUACGACUACUGGAUAGAUGCUGACAGCCCUGACAUCCAUCCUGUCGGGUGGUGUGACGUGACUGGGCACCCACUGGAAGUGCCGUGCCGAGCAAAUGAUGUGAAAAUCCUUCCAGGUCAAGCUGUCUGUCCCACUCCAGGGUGCCGAGGAAUAGGCCAUAUCCGGGGUCCGCGUUAUUCAGGACAUCACAGUGCUUUUGGCUGCCCAUAUUCAGACAUGAACUUGAAAAAGGAGACAACACUUCAUGAUCGUUUGAAAGAACAAACGCAGGCAAAUUUGGAAUCAGACUCUUCACAGUCAAAACAGAAAAAUCUCCGUAGUUUGAACUUCAAUGGAAAACAUCAGUCCAGACUUGUACAGCAGGCAAAGUGUUUGAAAAUCAAAGAAAAAGAAGAUAUUGACUUGGAUAAGCUCUUCAGAGAAUACUCCGCUGAGCAGAUUCAGCAGGCAGUUCACCAGUCAGUCUUCAUGUCCUCCAUGUUUGUCCACCCUUUCCGGGACCUCCCUCUGAACAGGGAGCGGCACUGUAAGCUGCUUCCAGGCGUGGCGGACAUCCAGGCCAACCAAGUGCCCCAGUGGACGGUGGAUGAGGUGGCUGAGUUUGUGCAGUCUCUUCUGGGCUGUGAAGAGCAGGCUAAAUGCUUCAGGAAAGAGCAGAUCGAUGGCAAAGCCUUCCUGCUUCUGACACAGACGGACAUCGUCAAAGUGAUGAAGAUCAAACUGGGCCCCGCACUGAAGAUCUACAAUGCCAUCCUGAUGUUCAAGAGCUCCCAGGAUCUUACUGAGGAAGACCUUGCCCAGGGCCAGGUCAGGGGAUAGCCAGCUCACAGGACUUCCGCAGGCACCAAGCCCCUUGGCAAGAUGCGCAUUUUUUGAUGUUGAUGUCUCUGGUUCUGUCCCCCUUUCACCAGGGCGUUCCAAAGUAUCUGUGGGCUGUGUGUGCAGAGGACCCUGAUGCCUGACCCCAGGCCUGUGGCUGCAGGUUGGGGCACAGGUUGAAGUUUAGAGAGGGCACCCCUGGGUAGGACCACUCGCUCUCAUGUGCUGCAGCAAACAGACCAAAGAAGCCCCAGUCACACCAAAUUCUCCCCUAACAAUGGAAGAAAAUAAGCCCCCAUUUGCAAGCACACAGCUCUCUCAUGGGCAAAUGGUGGAGAUGGGUCUUUAGAAACACUGAGGAGUGUCUUCACCCAUGCCACACCUGGGAUGGCGCCGUCUGCCCUCCGGGGGCCACGGGUCCAAGAGAACAAGGCCUGGUGCUUUCAAAAGAGAGAGAGACUGCAUGGGAGGUGCUUGUGCCUUUUACUCAGGAAAGUAUGAAUCUUUAAAGACAACAGCAAUAGUAAGCACAUAGUUUCAUUUCUUACUGUUCCAUUAUCUGUUUCCUGGUUUGCUUCCCUCUGCCACCGUGGUUUCUGGAGCUUACAAGAAGGAGGAGAACAGCCGGGGCUAAGGCGAGAGCAAACUGUUAUGGGAGGGGACAGGGUGCGUUCAAAGCUGGCCUGACCCUGCUGAGGCCCGGGCACUUGCAGCAGGACUUCGGGGCAUUGGUGGGUGGGCUGACACCCACCUGGGCUGCACCCCAAAGA